GCAGCGACUUGCUACCCAGUAAGAGGUAGUGAGACUGUACGUAAGGGGCGGUGUCGGGAUGACGCAACCACCUCUCAAGAGGCCUUGGCCACUCUAGCUGCGCCGCCAGUGCCACGAAAUCUUCUGUCUUUCACCUCAUCUGCUCCCUGGAAACCAGAACCUACACUCUGAGUCCCAGAGGAGAAGGGUAGCAGGAGUGGUGUAAGGCAUAACGUGAUCUUCCCAAAGCUCACACCAUUGCCUUCAUUUGGACUGAAAUCUGAAUGUGCCUGUAGUGGCACCACAGGUGCUUUGCAAGAGCUCUGGGUAUGCAGUGGGAACUACACCUUCAUUCUGGGCAUGUGAAGAUCGCUAUUUGAGCUAGAGUCCAGGCUGCACAGUGUCCCUUGUCCUUGGCAGUAAAAGCAGCUGCUUUGACUGGAGGGCUCUCAAGCUGUCUGGUGUGUAUGCUCUUGGGUUCAGCAUUCAGCUCUCUGCAGCCUCCCACACUGUUCCAUCUCUCACUCUGCCCCACCAGCUUCCAGCACACACCUCCAAACACCACACCUCUUCUUCAUGUGUCUUUGCUGCGGAGGUUUACUCUGCUACAAACUCCCUCCCUGCUGCCCACCACAUUCUUGCCUGUCCCUGGAAGCCGCUUCUCUUGCUGCCUCCUCUAGAAAGCCCCAGGCAGGCUUCUUGUGGGGCCCUUAGCCCGACUAACGGGUGAUAACUCCUGUUCGAAUGUCUGGCACUAGGAUGGAUGCCUGGUGGUGUGGCUACACGGAGCUCCUGUUCCCACUGAGGCUGAGUUCCUAAGACCAGGUCUGCACACACCUCUGCUCUGUUUUUGCCUGCUGAGUGGCUCCACACAGGGCCCCAUAGCAAAGGUCCCAUCGCCCUAAUUCCCCACCGGAAUAUUUUGGUUCAGCCACCAUCUCGUGCAGUCAGAAGAUACACACACAGCACACUUAGACUGUGGGUCCAAGGCAUCCACUCUGCAAACCGGAUGAUGAUGACAGCAAGGCAAAGCUACUACUAAGAGUGAGCUCUCAGAGGAUGGCAAGACAGCUCAGUGGGGAGCAGCCUGUUGGAGAGUCCACACAGCUGCCAUCUGGGAAGCCUGACUCAGUGCUGACUUCAUCAGUGGAGAAGGUCUCUUUUCAGGGAAGGAAGGUGGACACAGAAAGGGCUGAACCAGCAAGGGCAGAGUCAAAGCCAAUGACAGCUACUCAGAAACACAGCCUCUUCACUCCAGAACCCCACUACAUCCCUGGCUAUGCUGGUUUCUAUCCUCAACUGCGCUACCAGGUGGGGAACACCUAUGGCCGCACAACUGCACAGCUGCUCACAGAUCCCAGCGUACAGAAGAGCCCCUGCUCUGUUCUGUCACCUAUGUCCAAGCCCAAGUUCAUCGAGGACUUCAGCAAAUCGAAGUCACCAUGGAUUCCCUGCAGGGACCUGUCAGAGCCUUACAUCCCCCACUAUACCAGUCUGAAACCCUACAAGAAUUUUGAGAUCCUGGGCCAGCUCCCACACCAGGAGAUGGACACCCAGGGGCCGCCACAGGUAGAGAACAUAUCCAGACAGGUUUCACUGCCUGCAGGCUUCAUGCCUUAUCCUCCCUACCCACCAUUCCCUCCGGGGAGAAAGGGAGAGGCUAAAGACCUGGGGCACCCGGGUCUACUGCUAGCAUAUGGGGAAGAGGCCUGGAAGAACGCAGCACCUGUUCAGGAGACCCCAGGGAGGUACCAGCUAUACCACUGCAGGAGGGAUGAGUACCUGCCUUCACAUCCCCCCCAGGAGACCCUAGAUGUGGGCAGGUUCCAGCGACUACCCCAGCUAGACCACCCCAACCUAAUCCAACGCAAGGCCAUCUCAGGAUAUGCUGGCUUUGUCCCCCGGUUUGCUUGGGUGAUGGGGAUGAAUUACCGUGAUGGAGUCACACAAGCUAUGGAUGACUUUGACAAGAACCAGUUCAUAUUCAGACACCCAGUCUGUGCUCUGGGUGAAAGGCUGCCCCGGACCCACUGGCCAAGCACCACCAUCUACAGAAGCCAAGGCCUGAUUCCAUUCUACAUGGGCUUCAUCCCAUCCAUGCAGGACAACUACGCACUGACAUUCGGCAACAGCACCCGCAAAGCCUAUCAGAAGGAAGUGGAGAGGCGAAGCCACACACUAUGAAUUGUUUUAGUGGUGCUAUCUGUACAAGUGAUGUCAGGACAGGACAGCAAAUGCACAGUGGACAUGGCUAGCAGACACGCUGUGAAUGAAUAAAGAGUUCACACUGCUC